UGUCGCACUAUAUGAUAUGUAUUUAAUUAUUUUUUUCCAAUUGAAAUUAGUUAUUUUGUCAUAUCUAAAAAUGUGGAUCUAGUACACCUAAUAUGUUUUUAAUUUCUGCUAGCUCAAAAUCGGUUCCUCAUCCGUUCUUAAAUUCUUCUGAAUUCUCAUGCUAUGUCAUUGUGGAAUUCUUUGUUUCGCAUUUUUCGAUAAUGUCGUGUGUGCCCAAGAUGCGCUCUUACUCCAGUUUUUGACAACUUCCUUGUUUUGGUAGAAGAGAAGAAGCCAUAUUUUUGUGGCUAUGUGGAAUAUUUUUUAAACUUUGGUGCCCAUGGUUGGAGGUGUAGGACUUAAUUUUUAAGGACAUCUCUUAUAUGAGUAUCUGCAUUUGGAUUAGAUGGGCAUUUGGCUUCCAUAUAGUGUAAAGUACAUGGUCCUUUUAAAGGGGUUUCCCUUGAAGAUAUGUUGAGGAUAUGGCAGAGGAUAUGGAAAUUGAUCAUAUUGUGGAUAUUCCUGAUACCCCAGAUAGAUCAAAUCCUGGGAAUGAUGAUCGGAAAUAUAGGGGUAAUCCUGAGAAGAGGGAGAGGGCUUUUCUUGUUGCUGAUGAAAUGACUAACAACAGAAACUAUAUAGCAGUGUCUCCAUCAGACAAACCUUAUCCUUCUCAGAAUGCUUCCAUCUUUAGGAAAGCCCGAUCUGAAAAAGCUUUUGGACUUGGGAUGACACACUCUAAUGGAGCUGAAAAGAUGGAGAAAGGGAAAACUUUAAGAUCCAACUUCCCUUCGAAAUUAUCUCACCGUGGUCAUGUUUCGACUGAAGAGAGUGGACAAUUCCAACAACUGAAACCAACUUUCCCGCAUUGGAUAUCAAGAGAUAAAGCAACUGAAGACAAGAAAGAGCUGAAAUCAAGUAUUGGGAACUCUUCAGUACCAGUCAAAGCUGAUUCUUCUAAUACAUCUAGGAAUUCCUUCACUGGGAAGUGUACACUAGAUAAUAGAACACUUCCAGUUCCUAAUAUAUCUGUGGACCGUGGCAAGAGCAUUUCUCUAUCUAAUGAUUCUCAAUCUCAAUUAAAAACUGAAAAGCUAGUGCCUUUGCCACCUCGUUCUUCCACAACUCCAAGAGGCAGAGGGCACAAGAGAUUGGUUCGAAAUGGGUGCAUUUCACCCCACAAUAUUGCAACAAAGGCAAAACAAUCAGCUGAACAGAGCAGACUCCAAACCAAUUAUGUUGAACAGAACCAUGCUGGGGAUUCAGUGUCUAGAUAUACAAUGUCACCAACUAGUAUUGAUGAUAUAGUUGCUGAAGAGAGAGGCAAUGGUAGAAGGAAAGGAAAGGAAGUACUUAUUCAUCCUUCAUCACAUUCGGAUGGACUCAAUGCUGGAAAUAUUCUCACGGCUAGCAGCCCUUUGAUCAAUAGUGAAGUGGCCACUGGUACCAGUAAUUCAAUAAGAAAUUCACUUGAAUACUCUGAAGAACAAGGUGGUUGGAGAACUACACAUAGUGAGAAAAAUGCUGAUCAACGCUUGUUUGAUGUAAAUGAGCACCAUUCAAGGAGAAAUUACGAUAUUGGAGGCUUUAUUAACAGAAAGAAUAUGAACAGAAUCAACAGAAGAGACACUGGGAGAAGUCAAAAUGGCAACAUCGUUCAUGAUUCUCUAUUAGAUCAUACUCCUGGACCAACUUCUCGAAUCAUUCCAGAGGUUGACCUGUCCACUCCUCCUGCUGACAAAAGGCAAAGGAAACGCGAAUCAACUUCAGGAAAUCCUAAUGAAGCAUCUCGUAAUUCUGAAACUGUAUUCCUCAAUUCAUCUGGGGAAUCAUCGAGCUCAUCUUGGAACCGUGUCUCAGAUCCUGAAGUGAUUGAGUUGUUAUCCACACCUAGGCACACCAUCAGACCUGAUGAUUUAGAUGACAAUAACAAUAGCUUGGAUGCUCGGGCAAAACAAGUAGAAGCUGAUGAGAUAUUGGCACGUGAACUUCAAGAGCAACUUUAUCAUGAUGACUUUGUUGAUGGCAGAGGGAUUGAUGAACAUUUAGCAUGGGAGCUGCAGAAUGCGGAGGAUCAUCAGGAUACAUCUAUUGAUAUGCACCAUAUAUCUCAUCCAACAUGGUUUCCAAGGGCUAAUGGGCAGUCCCGUUCACGGUCUCACCACAAUCCUUCAAAUAGGAGGAGACAUGUCUCUCAAAAUCAUAUAUCCAGCAGAAUGUCACAGUUGCGGAGUCGUAUUACAAACCGAUCUUCAACAUCUAGAGGAAGAAGCCCUCUGUUUCCUAUAGAUAUGGACUUAGACAUGAGACUUGACAUAUUGGAAGCAUUGGAGGAUGCAGUUGGGGAUCUUAAUGAAUUGGGAAUGGGUGAUGACAUCUUUGACGCUCAACGUGAUUUCACUGAAGCCGAUUAUGAAAUGUUAUUGGCCCUUGAUGAGCGAAAUCACCAGCAUACUGGUGCUACUUCCAAUCAGAUCAAUAAUUUGCCGCAGUCCACCAUCCAGACUGACACCGUCACAGAGACAUGUGCCAUUUGUCUUGAGACCCCAGUCAAGGGAGAAACUGUUCGCCACCUUCCUUGUUUGCACAAAUUUCACAAAGAUUGUAUUGAUCCUUGGCUUCGUAGGAAAACGUCAUGCCCUGUGUGCAAGUCAUCUGUCACUUAAUGAUGUUUGGGAUUUAAAUGGUGUUCGUGCUGCAGUGUAUUAUCUCAGCAAUCUCAUUUUUGUCUUUGAAGGUAAUGCAACGCAUGGCAAUUUCAUUUUGCUAGAAGCUGAGAUUGUAAUAGGGACAUGCAUCUUUUUUACAGUGUACUAUUUUAUCUUUGGAUAUCAAAAAAAUGAAUAGAAAUGGUAUAGGAGAAUCUGCAAGUUGGAACUUUUUAUAGUCUGAUAUACUGUUACUGUCCUUUGAAUUAUUUUUAGUUCUGGGAUAUCAAAAAUUGUAAUUGAACACUCCUAGUGCUGGUGAUAAUGAAGUCUGCCAAACAGUGACCAGACUGAACACAAGACUGCUUGAAUUGAAUAUCACAUAUGUCGUUGAUGCAAACACAAGGUUCAUGGAGGCAGGUGCACUGGGAUCCCGAAAUUGAUUUGUCAGCGGUUAUUUUGGUACAGAGUGGCAAUAGCAUGGUUUUUUUGGCUUCAUUUUGAAGGCAUGCUACUUGCACAUAUAAUCUGAAGGCAAUGCCUUGCAGAGUAUCAUGAACCCAGUUGUAACAAUUUCAUUUUGGUUCUGCUUCAUCUGGGUGAUUGAGCUUGAAUGCAUUUUUUUCUGCUUGUAUCUGGGUCCAGCUUUUUAUUUUUCCCAUACAUGAAACCGCAAUUGAAAGAAUACAUUCGCCUGUUGAUGUCAAUUUGAUGGUAAGAGAGACUUCUAUUAGCCUAGAAAAGGAUUCAUUGUUCGAAAUUAUGCGAUUGGUUUUGGUCAGUGAAAACUGAAAUCAUCCUCAUGACAAUGAAGGUUAAAAUUAAAUUUCUUACAUUGUUAAAUGAGUGAGAUGUGAUUAGAAUUGAAUGAGAUAAUUCCCUUGUUUAGAGAACUUUUCAAUCAAAUAAAAUUUGUACUUUAUUUUAGGCUUAAA